AUGAAUCAAUCUCGGGUUUAUGGUAAUAUGGAACUCGGAGACCAUUGUGUUGAGAUGGUUAACCUUCUACAGUCUUGUCGUUUAGAUGAACAAUCAAGGAAAGGCUUGAUACUAAACAGAAAGAAAAAAAAGAAAUCAUCAGAGUUUAAUCUUGUAGGUGUUAAAACCAAAGUUCGUAAGUAUAAGGCCGGUGAUACAUCUCACCCUAAUCAUGAGAAGUUCUAUCGUCAUCUUCAAUGUUUAAAACAACACAUGAUAGGUGCCGGGUAUGUGGCCGAGACUGAAUCAGUAGUUCAUGAUGUGAACAUUGAAGCUAAAGAAGAAUCUCUUUUAAUACAUAGUGAAAGACUUUAUCUAGUGGAAGCUCUUUUGACUAGUCCAGCCCGUGCACGAGUAUUAAUAUAUAAAAAUCUUCGUGUUUGUGUUGAUUGCCAUAAAGCACUCAAGAUUAUUUUGAAGGUGGUUGGAAGAGAGAUCAUUGCACGUGAUGCAAAGAGGCUUCAUCAUGCAAAAAAUGGAGUAUGUUCUUGUCGAGAUUAUUGGCGAUAA